AUGACCAUACAUUUCGAGGAACGACUCAUCCGCUAUGUGACGUGUACCUGCGCACUGAUCGCAACAGUGGCAUGUGGUAUCGUGAUGCCGUUGUUCCUCAUGGAAAUGCGCGCUAUACAAGAUACGGUCCUGGAAGGUGUUCACGAUUUCCGAACCGAUACUGAUUCAGUAUGGUUGGAUCUGAUGUGGCUUCAGAAUUCAUUGAUUACGUCAUCGUCGGAUGACGUGACGCCACUGUCCCGACUCAAACGGCACACUUACGGCAAACUUCCAAGCUGGUGCCAUUGUCAACCGAUCAGAGUUGUUUGUCCACCCGGUCCUGCGGGUCCUCCGGGACGUCCCGGACCACCUGGACCACCUGGGCUUCCUGGCAUUCCCGACAAGUUGUUAUUUAUGGACAGUUCAAGUGGUGCUUAA